CUCCGACUUUGGCUCUCGGGCCGCGCAGACCCCUUCAUUCCUCUCCUCCUCCUCCUCCUCUUCCUCUUCCUCUUCUCUCUUGCCACCUCUCCUCUUCCUCCCUCCUCUCCUCACCUCUCAUUCACCAUGGCGAAAGUCCUCUCCUCCAUCCGCCCGUUCUCAAAAUCCCUCUCCUCCGAGGACUCCCAAGCCAUCCUGCCCUCGCCGCGUCUCGGCCGGACCAGAUCGCGGAGCUAUUCAAAAGUCCCCUCAAACUACUCCUACGACGACGACCCGCUCGAAGACUCCUCCUACGACCCCUCCAGCACCCCGCGCAUCUUCGCCAGUGCCGACUCCUACUCCACCACAACCUCCUCCUCCCUCUCCUCCCUCGCAAAAUCAAACUCCCCGCCGCGCUACGUCUACAAACCUCCCCGCGGCCCAUCCACCUCGCCCUCCCGCCCGGCUCCGCUCUCCCGCCCACGCUUCCACUCCUCCUCCUCCGCCUCCUCCUUCCACGGCCGCAGCAAAAGCACAGGCAACCCCUUCCUCGACUCCGCCCCGCUUUCCGAGGAUGCCGAGGACACCGACAACCCUUUCCUCACCCGCCGCGAGAAGCGCGCCCACACCGUCUCCGGCUCCCAGCCCGAUCUGUCGUUCCUCAGCUCCUCUGCCGAGUACGGCGAACAGGAACACGAACAAGAACAACCUCCCCAACUAGCACCGAAACCGCGAACCCGGCCACGCGCAAAAACCCUCUCCGGCAUCUCCUCGCCGCUACGCUCGCCCGAAAGCGAGAUUUGGGUAAACUACCGCAACGAGGACCCUUCUGCGGCGCCCGUUCCCGUCUUUGCCGACUACAGCGGCCGCAGUCCCCGCAACGACAUGUCUGCAAACCUCCAACCUCCUCCGCUGCUCAGGCCAAAGCCUGAUUUACGGAGAUGGAAAGCUGAGCAUUAGUUCUCUCUUCCUCUCACUCUCUUUACGCCGUUCACGACUCUUCACUUUAUGCUUCUCCUCUGUGCACCGCUGCGUAUUAGGAUUAUACGACCAGCCACAUAUACGCACCGCACUCGGUCUCUUCCUGUCUUUCGUUUUUGUCUUUCACCGUACGAGGGAGUUCUGGGUUUCACUUUUACCUCAUCAAGUCAUAAUGUUCACAUCAACCGGUCAUUCGUUUUCUCUUCUUUCUUCUCGAUAUCACCGCACGGAAAACUAAAACUAGCAUAUAAUUACUAAAAUUUGGAUAUAUUCAAUAAAACUAUGGAGA